CCGACAGACGUAGACGGAAUCUAAAAGACCGUUCACACGUGCGAGUUGCGUCCUCUCUACGCCGACGCUCCUCCUUCCGCCACGUCACCUAUCUCCGUUGUAACGUGGGAGCGUGGGUAAAAGCUAAAGCCGUCGGAUUAAAAAUUUUCCAACCCUUCUUAUAUCUGAUGGCCACGGGGUGCCGUCGCCACUCUCCAUCACUCUCUUCUCUCUAUCUCGUAAGGGGAGGAGAAAAGGACGCGAGUGCCGCAACUCUCGUUGAUGGCGAAACGCCUCGCCGCCCCGUUUUCGUCGUUUCAUCUCGCCUUACUGUUACUUCUGGCCGCCUCAUCGCCCCCGAUCGCGGCGGCGAAGGCCCGGAUGAAAGACGACGUCUCGUGCUCAAUGUGCUCCUCGUGCGACAACCCAUGCCAGCCCGCCGACUCCCCUCCGCCGCCGCCCCCAUCCUCCUCGGCCGAGUGCCCGCCGCCGCCGUCAUCAUCGGGCGGGAUCUUCUACUACUCCCCUCCGCCGCCGUCAUCCUCGGGCGGGAUCCCCUACUACUCCCCUCCGCCGCCCUACGUCUACUCCUCUCCGCCUCCUCCGUCUAGCGGCGGUGGAGGCUCGUACUACCACCCUCCGCCGUCCAACAGAUACUACCCGGCGCCGCCGCCCCCGAACCCCUUCUCGCCCUAUGUCCCGUUCUACUAUUAUAGCCCUCCCCCUCCCUCGAAGUCCUACUCGGGGUCUCUUAGCUUGAAGCCUCUUUCCUCCAUUCCCCUCCUCCUCCUCCUCCUCUUCUUGUGAGCUCUUUGAUCGUAGGUCCGGGAUCAACAAGACGGAGGACUGGGGAAUUUCCGGAGGAUUCCCAAAAUGGGCUCCUGGGCGUUCCCAAAAUGCCCCUCUCUGCUCCCACAAGCGGCGGCGGUGGCGGCACCACGAAGUCUCAACUCCUCUCUCCCGAUCUCCGUUUGUAGCCCUCCAUUUCCGUUAAUUUUUACUUUUAUGUAAUUUUUGUGAUAUUAUGUUGAAUUUUAUUGUAAUGGAAGGUAUAGGAAAAAAAAAGAGGGGGAGGGGGAGGGGGAAAUAAUGCAGGAAUUUGUUGAUGGUGAGAGUAAUUAUUAGUGUUCGUAAAUAAUGUAAUGUUUUCUCAGUUUCUCUGAU